CAAUCCUAAGGAGCCGCUGUCAUCUUUCAUUCAGCUGGUUGCUACCGCCGCCGCCUCCAGAUUCCGAAGGCGAAGCUCGCCAAGCAAAGGAACAUGGACGUGAACCUCGCCCCGCUCCGUGCCUGGGAUGAUUUCUUCCCGGGCUCUGAUCGUUUCGCACGGCCGGACUUCAGGGAUAUAUCCAAAUGGAACAACCGUGUAGUGAGCAAUCUGCUCUAUUACCAGACCAACUACCUGGUGGUGGCUGCCAUGAUGAUUUCAGUCGUUGGGUUCCUGAGCCCCUUCAACAUGAUCCUUGGAGGAAUCAUUGUGGUGCUGGUGUUCACGGGGUUCGUGUGGGCAGCACACAAUAAAGACAUCCUCCGCCGGAUGAAGAAGCAGUACCCAACGGCCUUUGUCAUGGUGGUCAUGCUAGCCAGCUACUUCCUCAUAUCCAUGUUUGGGGGUGUCAUGGUCUUUGUGUUUGGCAUCACGUUUCCCUUAUUGUUGAUGUUCAUCCAUGCAUCCCUGAGACUUCGAAACCUCAAGAACAAACUGGAAAAUAAAAUGGAGGGAAUAGGCUUGAAGAAAACGCCGAUGGGCAUCAUCCUGGAUGCCUUGGAACAGCAGGAAGACAGCAUCAAUAAAUUUGCUGACUACAUCAGCAAAGCCAGGGAGUAAGCACAGCUCGCCCAGUGACGGCGCCACAGCGGGCGGGAAUCCGGUCGCACUUUCCCCUUGUUCAGACCCAUUUUCUGUCUGUGGUUUUCAAACAGAAGGUGCACGUCUUACCACCCAACUAUCCAAGGCAUCAUGCAUGCACAGGCCCACUGUUAAGAUCAAUGAUAUAACCCAAGGAAGGCCUCAGAAACUGCAAAAACACAGACCCACUCUCCCGUUAUGUCCGAAGUGUCCGGUGUGUUUUUGAAAGAGAAUGUGGACUGGACAGCCACAGUGCCAUUGUAGUGUAGGGAAGAAGUCACUGUAGAACUGGAGGCAAUGUGGAGGACGUUAAAUCAUUUGAAGUCUAGGAUGCUGUGUGUGUCGGUCCGUUUCUAAUGCUGUCUCCUCCAAAAUCCUCCCCUCCCCCAGACUCCAAUGAGUCUGCUCUGCUAGUUUAGCAGGAUUAUCUUUGUUGUUUUAAAACCAGAGGUGGCUUCAGUGGCUGUUUGAUGUGCAGCAGAAACUGGAUCAGCCCAUUUAUGUUCUGUUUACGAAUAUGAAGGUAGCUGCUUAGGACAAUGUUUUGUUAAAUUUUGUAACAUUUUUAAAAGAGUAGUCAUACGCUUUCACCAGCAGGUGUUUCUUGCAAACUAAAUGUCAACCUCCUGGGGUAGGGUUGGGGGGUGGGGGUGGUUACAACUCUGUAACUUCUGUUAUUCUUGUUAAAAAUAAAUAAAAAUAGAACUUGAGUUCUGUUUAUAUGACACAUUUUUGUUACUACAACAAUAAAGAGGUGUCCAAGAUAA